CGGGAGCGCGCACGGUGACGUCGGUGUGGGCGGGGCCGGCGGGAGCGCGCGUCACCGGCGCCGCAUCGGCCCGAGGGAGGGAGCGGCGCGAUGACCAGCUCACCUGCAUCAAGGAUCGUUUAUAAUGGCAAACGAAACAAUGGCCCACGGUCUCCAACGAACACUGCACCGCAGGAGAUUUAUACGCCAGCACAUGAAGAGAAUGUCAGGUUUAUCCAUGAAGCUUGGCAGUGCGUGGAGAGAGAGCUGAGGAGUCAGAUGUCAGGAAAUGAACGAGGACCUGUCCAGUAUGUAGAGAAGAACCCAAACCCAAACCUGAACAAUUUUACACCCAUCGAUCUGAGUGACCUGAGGAAGAGGAGUUUGUCGGAUGCUAAGAAAUCGUAAAGGAUGUCGCUGGCCGCGGUUCAUCGCCCCUUCAGCGUCCAGCAGGAGUUUCCUUUUUGAAGUUUGUUUUCUUUCAUCUUUGACUCGGAGAGGAAUGCGGAACGGGCAACUUCCCCCCCACACCACCGCAGGCCUGCCAGUUCCGUCCAAGGAUGCAAGGAUGCACACAUCCAGCACGCCGGGAAAAAGCUCGAUGGCGGCGUGCAUUUUAACCAAUUUUGUCCAUCUCUCUCUCUCUCUCGUUCUCUAGUUCUUUUGUUCUCUCAUUCUCGUUCCCCCUCUCUCCCCCUCUCUCCCUCCCUCCUUCCCCCAUUUCUGUCAAGAACAAUGCUCCAUUUGACAAGUUAAGGUCACAUUUCAUUGCUGCCUGCGUCACGAACUGCACACGUUGUCCCCGGAUUGUAUGGUGUCCAACACUAGCUUGGCCUCAGCUCUGCUGAACCGUCUGCCUGGAGGUGGUGGGGGUCGGAGGGAAGGAGUCAAUCCAUAGUAAGCUCCAGUAAACUUAACGACUAAGAUUUUGAUUUUGUUUUUUAAAUAAUAAAAUCCCAUCUGCCCAGUUGGGAGUUGGCGACGGCCUUGGCAACUGGUGAAGCCUGCUGUCGGAUUUGGACAGAGCCCGUACUAAUGCAGGGGGGGGUGGGUGGGGGGAGGGGAUAAAUAAAAGCCCAACUGAACUGACGUGAAUGAGAGCAGCGGGCUAUGUGAUAGGACUGCAAAUGUCUUUGUUAUACAGACCACAAGUUGGAGUUUGUGUUCCAGAGGUUAUCUUUCAAAUUAGUCUUAACUUAAAAAAAAAAGUAAUAAUUUUGGAGUGUGGUUGGUUGGUGGAGGUGGGAGGGGGGGGAUGUGGAGAGGAUAACUUGUUUGUGUGCGUGUGUUUGUUUUGUGAAUGUUUUUCGUAUUUCUACACUCCUUCAACACACGGGCACCGACAUUGUCGGGGGCGGCGGCGGGCUGGAAAUGCAGCGCUCCGGCCCCGUUUGAUCAUCAGAAAUUAGCGUGUUCCCCUCGGGCAUUGCCGCUCGGCACCUACACGGGCUGGGUUUGAGCGGGCAUGCUGUGAGCAGGCACCCGACGGGACUGCCUGGAGACAAGCAGCAUCUUAAAACAGUCCGUACACCGCUCUCUGCGCCGCCUUUCCAUCAGAAGAUCCCAAAGUAUUAGUUUCUCUUUUUAAAACCCACUUCAGCUCCCAUCAGGACUCACUAAAAGGUGCGGGCGAGAAAUCGUUUUUUAAUGUUGGCAACCUGUCUAAGUGAAGAACGAUGUUGGAAAGCUGCUGUCUGUACUCCACUCUACCUUGGGACACAUCCGAUUCAAACCCGGAGGGAUGGUGUUUGUCAGAAGAAUUGUACGAUUUAGCAAUCUUCCUGAUGUGUAAGUGAGGGUGGAAUUGUAAAUAAAACAACUUCACUUAUGGGUC